GAUAUUAAAUUGUAUCAAUUUUGAAUGUAAAAUUUUUCGACGAACUCAGAAUUUUGAUUGAACCUUCUUACCUCGGGAAUUGAUUUUUAAAAUUAAAUAAUAUAAUAUUAACAUUUAAAACUAAAGUUUUAAACGUUAUUGUAUGAAAUUUAAGUAAUUUCUAAGAUCAUUUAUCUGUUAAUUGAAUAAUUCUAUUUUAAUUUCUGGGAGUUGAUUAAGAUGACAAGACAUGCUAGAAACUGUACUGCAGGUGCUGUUUACACCUAUCAUGAGAAACAAAAGGACGCUUCUCAGUCUGGUUAUGGAACUCAAAAUGAACGUGUUGGUAAAGAUUCCAUUAAGAACUUUGACUGUUGUUCAAUGACAUUACAACCUUGCAGAACUCCAAUUGUUUCCCCCGAAGGUCAUUUAUUUGAUAAAGAAGCUUUAUUGCAAUACAUGAUAACCAAAAAAAACGAAUACUGUCGGAAAUUGAAGGAGUAUGAAAAACAGAAACACAAGCAAGAAGAAGAAUUAGCUGAAUUAGGGAGAGCUGAACAGCAAUCCAAAGUCAAUGAUUUUCUUAAAAGAGAAAGUAUGGUGAAAAGACAAAAUGAUAUUUACAAAAUGAAAUCUCAGAAACGAUCAGAAAAAAAUGUAUCAUCUAUUUCAAACAUGGUCAAUGGUUUGGAUAAACAUUUGCCAAGCUUUUGGGUACCAUCUGAAACACCUGAUGCUAAUAAAGCACCUAUGCAAAAACCAGAUAAAACAAUUUAUUGUCCAAUGAGUGGCAAACCAUUGAAGUUAAAAAACUUUGUGGACGUAAAGUGGACAUUAGUAAACGACCCUAGUGAUAAAAAAUCAUUGGCAGUUCGUGAAAAUCGUUACAUGUGUGCAGUGACUCAUGACAUAUUAAGUAAUGCUGUACCUGCAGCCGUUAUUCGAACAACUGGUCAUGUGAUUACCAUGGAAUGUUUUGAGAAGCUGAUUAAAAAAGAUUGGCUACAUCCUUUGAAUGGAGAAAAAUUAACUGAAAAAGAUAUCAUACCUUUACAAAGAGGUGGUACAGGAUAUGCAACAACAAAUGUGAAUUUGGAAGGAAAAAAUGCUAGACCAGUUUUACAAGCAUAAAAUUAAUAUGAAUAUUUAUAACUUUAAAUAAUAGUAUUGUCUUACUUUUUUUAUUUAAAUAAUACAUUUAAGCUAUCAAUUGAACAUAUUAAAUUAAUUCCAUUAUGCAAUAUUAUGAACUUUAUAAUUAAAUAUACAGUUUUCUUUUAAUGUUUGAUUA